ACUCACGCAAGGGUAAUAUAAGACUCGACACGAAAGCGAAAGUUUUACUUUUGUUUGUUUUUAAAAUCGCUCCAGCAUUUUGGUUGAUAUUUACAUCAUCAGAACUGUAAACUGGUUACUAAAAAGUGCAGUAAUUGAGACUAAAUAUGUGUCGUAGUUGCAGAACUCUAGCGAUCCUUCCUGCACUGUUUGGCGUCUUUUGCUGUGCUACAUUUUUGCUGACAUAUUGCGUCAGUCUUCACUACGAAAAAACACCUUAUCCUUGGUUUCCUUCCGUGGGUAAAACCAAGAAAGCACCUGAAAGGAACGUUUUUGGACAGUUAUUCAAUCUGUGCAGCUUUCUACUGCUUAUUACAAUGUUUGUUAGGCAUAUUCAACUAAAACAUGACGCUGAUUGGAACGAAGAAUCACGACCUUUAGUCCUAAGACUUAACAGGAUUGCUCUUAUUUUUGGUGGAUUGGCUGCCUUGGGUGCAAGUCUGGUAGCUAAUUUUCAGGUUGGAUCAGUGAUAGUAAUUCACUUCACUGGAGAAGCAAUGGUGUUCUUUUUUGGACUUGUUUAUUGUUGGAUUCAGACAGUAAUAUGUUAUAAAAUGAAGGUGUGUGGUGUCAACUCGUCUUGCCUCUUCAACACAAGAGCAGCAUUCACUAUUGCUGCUACAGUAUUUUUUAUUGUGUGUCUCGCUGGUGCUGGGUAUGCACAGUACAUAAAGGAGAAUGGACAACAUAAUGGUAAUAGUACUGUAGUGGUAGAGUGGAAGCCAGGUGUUGAAGGAUUUUCCCCACACAUUGUUGGAGUAACAGCAGAAUGGCUGUCAGCCUUGUGUCUUUUGUUUUUUAUUGUGACCUUUUAUGGUGAGUUUAAAAGUAUAAAAAUGAAGCUAGUUGUAUCUCGCCGAAGUGCCAGUCCCAUACCUCUGUCUGUUUCUGAUGAAAGCAUGCGAACACCCCUCUUGCUGUGACGUUUCCUUGCAUGUUGGGAAAUUAAGUAUUAAUGAAUCAUUAGCCCUAAGUAUGAAUGAUUGCUACUUAUGCUAGCUUCAGUCAGAUAUGUUAUAUGGAAAAUGACUUGUAGUUUACCCCUACAAUGUGUCAAGAUAGGUGAUAAAGAAAAUGUAUUAUACAUAUA